CACGAACCUGGGAGCACUUCCGCCCUGUUGUGAAGUGGGUGUCUCGGUGGUCUUGGGGAGCAGUCCCUCGCAGGAGUCCCUUGAAGGACACAUUGUCAAUGCAGAAAGCCUCUGGAUGAGGACAGCUCAGUGGAAGGGAAGCACUCAGGCCAGAUGAUGGCUGUGGCCUCCCCAGCACCAGAGCCCGAAGGCUUCUUCAUUGUGAAACUGGAGGAGGACUUGUGGGAAACCGACUCCAAACCCCAGGAGGAGGCCCCUGACACUGUCCCUGGCCUUGAGGUUUCCCGCCGGUGUUUCAGGCAGUUCCAGUACCAGGAUGCAGCAGGACCCCACGAGGCCUUCAGCCAGCUCUGGGCUCUCUGCUGUCGUUGGCUGAGGCCUGAGAUCCGCCUCAAAGAGCAGAUCCUGGAGCUGCUGGUGCUGGAGCAGUUCCUGUCCAUCUUACCCAGGGAGGUGCAGACCUGGGUUCAGGCACGGCACCCUGAGAGCGGGGAGGAGGCGGUGGCCCUGGUAGAGGACUGGCACCGAGAGGCCUGGGCUACCGGGCAGCAGGUGAGGCCGAAGGGACUGGAGCUAUGUGCUGAAGAGUCCAGGCCCUUCAAAGCAGCUGAGGAGUAUCGGAAGUUCCAGCUGCAGCCAGGGUCCCCCUGCCCUGAGGGACAGCCCCGGAAACUGUGGGCGGAGGAUACAUGCCCUGACCUUUCCAAGAUGCCACCUCAGUCCUUGAAAGAGAAUGCUGUCUUCACACCCCUAGUCCCAACUGAUCCAAAGAUAGAGAACACUGGAGAUUGGGAGGUGGCAGCCGAGUCCCAGGAAACCGUGAGCCCCAGAAGAGAAGCCAAGGAGGAACCCUGCGAGGACCCUGCAGGAGAUGAUUGUGGAACCGGAGUGUGCCUGGGAGUUCCAGUUUCAAAGCCAAGUGUCACCUCCCAUCAUGAGCGAGGACCAGAGACUUUGGGGCUGAGCCUUACAAACUGUGGGAAUGGGAGCACUGCAGAUGAUAGCCUGGACAGUGAGCAAGACAAAUCAGCCCAGGAAGAACAAUGCCAGUGGGAUGGGGAGGACAUGAAGAUGUCAGGUGUUCACUGGAGCUAUGAGGAGACCAAGACUUUCCUGGCAAUCUUAAGUGAGUCGCCAUUCUCUGAAAAGCUUCGGACUUGUCACCAGAACCGCCAGGUAUACCAGGCUAUUGCAGAGCGGCUGAGGGCUCGGGGCUUCUUGCGUACUCUGGAGCAGUGUCGCUACAGGGUCAAAAACCUUCUGCGCAAUUACCGGAAAGCCAAGAACAGUCACCCCCCAGGGACCUGCCCCUUCUAUGAGGAGCUGGAGGCCCUGGUGAGGGCUCGGACAGCCAUCAGAAGAACGAGUGGGCCAGAAGAGGGUGUGGUGCUCCCCAGGCUGGGCGACAGCGACACUGAGAUGGAUGACCAAGAGGAAGGGAGCUGGGAGCCUGUGGAAGCAACAGAAGGCUGCAGUGAUUUUGGCCUGGCCACUGAGGAAUCUAUUCAAGGGUCCAGCAUUUCAGGGGGCCCAGCCCUGCUCCAGAGCCGCAUUGCAGGUGUGCACUGGGGCUUCGAGGAGACCAAGGCCUUUCUGGCAAUUCUCAGUGAGUCGCCAUUCUCCGAAAAGCUUCGCACUUGCCACCAAAACAGCCAGGUAUACCGGGCUAUCGCGGAGCGGCUGUGUGCACUGGGCUUCCUGCGGACGCUGGAACAGUGCCGCUACAGAUUUAAAAACCUUCUUCGAAGCUACAGGAAAGCCAAGAGCAGCCAUCCACCAGGAACCUGCCCCUUCUAUGAGGAGCUGGACUCCCUGAUGAGGGCUCGGAAUGUGAUCAGGGCCAUGGAGAUGGUAGGAGAUGCCACAGGUCUUCCUGGAUCUGGGCAGAGCAGUACUGAGGCUGAUGACCAAGAAGGCUGGGCUGAGAUGGAAGAUGAAGAUGCCAUUAAACCUCUGACCCCAGAUCCCCAAACUCCAGGUGCAGGUUUUGAGCUGAAGCAUGAGGAUGAAGACCAGAUUUCAGAGCAGGAUGUUUUUGGGGAUUGGCCUGGAGCCUUAUCAGAAUAUACCACAGAAGCUGUUGGGCAGCCUCAUGCCUUGGGGGAGGACCGUGAGAACGAGGAUGAGGGCAAGUGGAGAAGUACUGUCCUCUGGGAAGAGUACUCCUCUGAGGAGGACUUAGAAAAACUCAUUGACCAUCAAGGCCUGUACCUCAUGGAGAAACCCCACAAAUGUGACACACGCGUGGAAGGCUUCAGUCAGAAAUUCCACUUCUUUGCCCACCAACAGACCCACACAGGGGAGGCACCCCACAAAUGUCCCGACCACGGAAAGGGUUUUAGUGACUCUUCCAAUCCCAAUACCCACCAGAGAACCCACACUGGGGAGAAGCCCCGCAGCUGCCUGGAGUGUGGGGAGAGCUUCGUUGACCACUCUGCUCUCAUCGCCCACCAGAGAGUGCACGCAGGGGAAAAGUCCCACAAGUGUGGGGAGAGGGGGAAAAGCUUCAUGCAGAGCCCACACCCACGGAAGCAUCAGCGGGGCCACGCGGGAGGAACUCCUGAGCAGUAUAACGAGCUCGUGGAGAACGUUGGCCAGAGUCCGUCUCCUAGUGUUCCCUGGAGAAAUUCCACAUGGGAGACGCCUACCCAACCUCCGGGUGUGAGCAUGGGCGCGGGCUCGCCCGGAGGCCGUCGCGGCGACUCGGCGGAGAAGCCGUGUCAGUGCCCUGAGUGUGGGCAGUGCUUCUCCAAGAGCUCUGCCCUCAUGAGCCACCAAAGAAGCCACACAGGCGAGAAGCCGUACGAGUGCGCCGAGUGUGGGAAGAGCUUCAGCAAGAGCUCCAGCCUGUCCAACCACCAGCGGACCCACCGAGGCGUGAAGACACACAAGUGUGCGGACUGCGGCAAGUGCUUCAGCGAGCGCUCCAAGCUGGUCACCCACCAGAGGGUGCACACGGGGGAGAAGCCCUACGAAUGCCUCGAGUGCGGCAAGUUCUUCCGAGACCGGUCCAACCUCAUCACUCACCAUCGGAUCCACACGGGAGAAAAGCCGUACAAGUGCAAAGUGUGUGGGAAGUGCUUCAAUCAGAGCUCCAGCCUUAUCAUUCACCAGAGGAUUCACACGGGGGAGAAGCCCUACAAGUGCACGGAGUGCGGCAAAGGCUUCAGCAACAGCUCCCACUUCAGCGCCCACCGCCGAACCCACACCGGAGGGAAAGCGUUGUAGGCAGCCCCCCCCCCCCCCCCCCCGACAGAAGAGCAAUAAUGUGUCCUCACACCGCCCAUGUUACUAAAACAUGCUAGAAAGAAACUUUUAAAGUGUUUUAAGCUUGAUGUAUACUUAGAGAUGCUAUUUUGGUAAAAUUCAGGUCAUUUUAAAUGAAUUACAACAACGAACAAUUAAGGUUUGGAGGGACCUCUCAAGAAGUGUAAUUUGGUUUGCAACUCCCCCUCCCCCAACACGCACACAUUAAAACCCCCACAGAAUGGUUAAGCUGGCCUUACAUUUGCUGUUGCCUAAGAGCGUAGCCAGUGUCCGAGGCAGAUGGGUGAGAGGGGGUUAGACUCUGUGGCCCCACACACUGAUUUCGGUUUCUCCCGUGCCUUCGCUGCCUUGCCUGUGGAAAGUGGUUCUUGUUCUUGGUAGUUUGCAGUUGGGGCAAACCACAGGGAAACCUCGGAACUUGAUGGUGAGGGAAGAUGUAAACUCAGAGCCAGCGCCUGGGCUGCCCCACUGCCAGGUCAGCGGCGAGCGGGGCAGUGGUGGCCACUGCAGCAUCUAUAGUGAGCGGAAACCGCUCUCCAGUGCAUGUCUGCUCUCUGGCAGCCCGUGUGCCAAGCGCCUUAAGUAUCUCCUCCUUCAAUCCUCAAAACAGUCCUGUUUCCCAGAGUAGGGAACCGAGGGCUGGGAAAGUCGGGUGACCCGCAUUGGUCAUACAUCUGAAAAUAGUGGAGGCAGAAUUCAUCAAGACUCACGUGUCCCCAGAGUCCAAGGGGCUGUGUGGUCCACUGAGUCUUCUGACGUGAAGGCGGGUGACUAGGCUAGGCUCUCAGAGUGUGAUCACUAAUGAAUUCUCUUAAAUUAAAAGCACAGAAGUUGAGAGUUCCUGCCGAUGAAAGGAUCUGGGGUGCUCAGAAUUGGUGAAGCACGUUGUGUAAGGCCGAGUUGCCACCAAAGUGAUGGCAGGAGCCUCCAUCUUUAGAGUAAUAUGGCUGAGAGGGGCAGGUAGCAGAGGCGGGCGUGUCUUGCAGCGAGAUAGCAUGCUUUGGUUAGGAAGUGGGCUCAGGAAUCCUUUUCUUGGGUCAAUGCUGUUUCUCACUACACAUGGCUGAUCACGUAAGUCUUAUCAAAUAGGACUUUCCUCUGGUGCCCAGUCACUCCUGCCUUUUAGCCUCUUCUGGUCCAUUCUCUUCACCGCCAGUCCUGAUGCCUGAGGGGAAGGAAUGGACACGUUGGCCUCUGCCGAGAGGACUUGAAAAUGGUUCUAUAGUCUAGGCUCAUGGCACUGUUUCAGCUUGAGCCUGCUUGUUCCAAGCUGCCCAGCGUGGUCUCUCAGACCAGCCCCCCCCCCGCACAGACAGACCAACUUGGAGAGGCUCAUACACAGUGGCUUUCUUGCUUGUAGCACUUUGGCCUGCAGAGUUUUUCCUUAGAGUUUAAAAACGUUGGCCAAGAACUUUGGCUUUCUUAGAUUUUUUUUUUUUUUAAAGGAAGAUGACUGUCUUAUAUCUACAUGUGGCCUUAGACUGCCAUCAUGUCCCCGUUAUUUCAUGGCUGUGGGAAGUGUUGAUCGGAUGGCAGCUGUUAAGAACUUUGAAAACCGAACCUUUCUAUCUGCAUGUGAAAAAGGGGGUGGAAGAUCUUGCCAUUCCCACCAAAGGCGGUCACUCCCUAGCCUUUUUCUGUGUUCUAGAACCCCCUUCCCAGGAACCAGUCCACCGGAGGCCAACCUCCAUCAACUCUCCUCAGCUUACCCUUCCUGCUUCAUCUCGUCUCUGAGGAGGAGGGGUCAUGGGAUGAGCCCUGUGGCUAGAAACCAGCAGAUGUCAACAACUGUAAUAAAAAGAUAUGUAGAGUGUCCUGUGUCUGAAAGGAAGGGUCCCGAAGGAGAGAAGAGCAUUCUAGAGAAAGUCAACAAGGUAUGAAAUAGCAUGGGUUCCAGGUUUCUAGCAUAGGGAAGGGAUUAGGACAGUGGGACAGUGGCGUCCAGGAUUGCACAGGUGCUGGGCAGGGUCAUUCUAGGUGCAGCAGCUCCUUAGGCUUUCUCCUUUCCCCGUGGGAAGCGUAGCUGGGUGGACCCUUAAUGGUGCUAAUCUCCUUAUUAACUUCAGCCUCUCUUUCAGCAAUGCCUUAGAUACAAUUAAAUUGCCUAGUGCUUUUUUUCUCUCCAAACUGUACAUUUUGUAUUUCUUUCUGUCUCCCUUGCUCUUUUUUUUUUUUUCCC